ACACAACACAACACAACAGAGAUUGAAAUUAUUAUUUAAAUUGCUGCAAGUAGAAAAUAAAAUUCGGAUUAUCUAUUAGAAUGGAGAACCCCGAUCAGAAUCCCUAUGCAUCGCUGCUGCCACACAUUGUGGACAUGUUGCACGGCAAGCCACGUCAGAGCGCCACUUUGGAUCAAGUGUGCGCUGGUGUCGAAUCGUUGGCUCAGCUGAAUGAGGCAAUGAUGCAGCACAUCAGUUGCUUUGACACCCUGCAGGCCGCUGUUCAGUUUGGCAUCGAGUUGGGCGUGAACAUGGGAAUCCUGACACACUCAAAGGACACGCUACGCCUCCGCUCCAAGCUGCAUGUGCGCAGCACUGACAAUCANCGAGUGGAGGACAAAGUUCACUCCCAGACUGGUUUUUUGGCACCUUCAAACACUCACACUGAUGGGGCUGGGCCAGCAGGAAGCUCAGUAUUUUGGGAAAAGCCGCUGGGCACGAGUUGA